CCGCCCCGGGGGCGGCGAGCUGGGCCCGGCCCCUCAGCGUGCGCCGGGUGGGGGCGGCGAGCUGCGGCCGGGCCCUCGCGAGCCGGCGGGGCGGCCGAGAGAGAGAGAGAGCCUGGCCUCUGAGGACCUCCCUGUCCACUGCAAAGGCGCCCCACGAGGUAACUCUUGGAAAAAUGGCCACAGAAACUGCAGGAGAGGCAGGAGUGUGGAGACAAACCAAAGCUCUCUUAUUCAAGAACUACCUUGUUAAAUGCAGGACUAAGAAGAGUAGUGUGCAGGAAAUCCUUUUUCCACUAUUUUUUUUAUUUUGGCUUAUAUUAAUGAGCAUGAUGCAUCCAAAUCGGAAGUUUGGCGAGGUGCCCAAUACUGAACUUGGUACUUUAGAUCGCUCCAUGCUCUUGGACUUCAUUCUUGGAUACACACCAGUGACAAAUAUGACAAGAAAAAUCAUGCAGAAAGUGUCUUUUGAAUAUUUUGCAGAUGGUGUAAUUACAGAAGAAUUUUUCAGUGAAAAAGAAUUGCAAGAGGCUAGUACUGUUAACCCCUCAAACUUUGUUGGUGUAGUUUUCAAAGAUUCUGUGUCCUACCAGCUUAGAUUCUUUCCUGGUGCUGUCACAGUGUCGUCUAUCAAUGUAGAAUCAAGAGCCAGUUGUUCCAGUUUAUCAAAGGGAUGUGAAUCUGUUACAUACUGGUACUCGGGAUUUGCAGCUCUACAGGCUUGUAUCGAUGCAGCAAUAAUACAGCUGAAGACUAAUCAUUCAGUUUGGGAAGAACUGGAAUCAACUAAAGCUAUUAUUAUGGGAGAGGCUGCUGAUAUGAAAAUUGAUUAUUUUCCUCGAGCAAUUAUUUUAAUUUACCUAGUAAUAGCUUUCUCACCCUUUGGGUACUAUUUGGCAAUUCAUAUUGUGGCAGAAAAGGAGAAGAAGUUGAAGGAAUUUUUAAAGAUAAUGGGCCUUCAUGACACUGCCUUUUGGCUGUCUUGGGUUCUGCUGUACACAACUCUGAUUUUUGUCAUGUCCAUUCUCAUGGCAGUCAUUGCAACAGCCUCCUCACUAUUUCCCCAAAGUAGCUCCUUCGUGAUAUUUCUUCUUUUUUUCCUAUAUGGAAUAUCCUCAGUUUUCUUUGCUUUCAUGCUGACGACUCUAUUUAAAAAAUCAAAGCAUGUGGGUGUAGUUGAAUUUUUGGCAACCCUGGCUUUUGGUUUUGUGGGUCUCACUAUUGUCCUGCUGGAUGAUUUUCCGAAGUCUUUUGUAUGGACCCUAAGCCCCUUGUGUCAGUGUACGUUCUUGAUUGGGAUUGCACAGGUCAUGCAUCUGGAAGAUUAUCAAGAUGGUGCAAUAUUUUCAAAUUUAAAUCACGGUCCUUAUCCACUAGUUAUUUCUCUUAUUUUACUGGUUCUGGAUAGCAUGUUUUACCUACUUCUAGCUGUCUAUCUUGAUCAGGUCAUUCCAGGUGAGUUUGGAUUAAGACGGCCAUCAUUUUUCUUUAUGAAGCCCUCGUUUUGGUCAAAGCGCAGAAGAAAUUACAAGGAGUUAUAUGAGAGUAGUGUUAAUGGAAGCUUAAGUUUCAGUGAGAUGGUUGAACCUGUAUCUUCAGAAUUUCAGGGAAAAGAAGCUAUCAGAAUCAGCUGUGUUCAGAAAACUUUCCGCAAAAAGGGUGAAACUGUGGAGGCUCUCAGAAGUUUAUCCUUUGACAUAUAUGAGGGUCAGAUUACAGCUUUACUUGGGCAUAGUGGAACAGGCAAGACAACACUGAUGAAUAUUCUUUGUGGACUCUGCCCACCUUCUGAUGGGUUUGCAUCUGUCUAUGGACACAGAAUCUCUGAAAUUGAUGAAAUGCUCGACGUAAGAAAGAUAACGGGAGUUUGCCCACAAUUAGAUAUACAUUUUGACGUAUUAACUGUGGAAGAGAAUUUAUCAAUAUUUGCUCAUAUUAAAGGGAUAUCUCCCAAUCUUCUGAUACAAGAGGUGCAGAAAGUGAUGAAUGAUUUGGAUAUGCAGCCCAUCCGAGAUAACCAAGCUAAAAAAUUAAGUGGAGGGCAGAAGAGAAAGCUGUCGAUAGGAAUCGCUGUUCUUGGGAGCCCAAAGGUUUUACUUUUGGAUGAACCAACUGCUGGUAUGGACCCAUGUUCUCGGCACAUUGUUUGGAAUCUCCUGAAAAACAGACAAGCCAAUCGGGUAACAGUAUUCAGUACUCAUUUCAUGGAUGAGGCAGAUAUUCUUGCUGAUCGAAAAGCUGUGAUUUCUCAAGGGAUGCUGAAAUGUGUUGGCUCGUCUCUCUUCCUCAAAACCAAAUGGGGAAUUGGCUACCGCUUGAGUAUGCAUAUAGAUGGGUAUUGCAAUAUAGAAGCUACAACAGCCUUGAUCAGACAGCAUAUCCCUGGAGCCAGCUUGGUACAACAGAAUGAACUGCAGCUUGUGUAUACCUUACCUUUUAAAGACAUGGACAAGUUUUCAGGAUUAUUUUCUGAUCUAGACACUCAUUCACAUUUGGGUGUUAUUACUUAUGGAGUUUCCAUGACAACCUUGGAGGAUGUGUUCCUGAAGCUGGAAAUUGAAGCAGAAAUUGAUCAAGCAGAUUAUAGCAUAUUUAAUUCCCAGUCAGCAGGCGAGGAAAUGGAUACAAAAUCGUUUGAUGAGAUGGAACAAAGCCUACUGAUACUCUCUGAGACAAAAUCAUCUGCAGUAAGCAAUACCGCUCUCUGGAAACAGCAGGUGUCUACUAUAGCAAAGGUUCACUUCCUUAACUUAAGACGUGAAAAUAAGUCAGUGGGAAUUAUGUUGUUGCUUUUUUUAGUUUUUCUUGCAGUUCAGAUUUUAAUGUUUCUUAUACAUCACUACUUCAAAAAUUCUGUGGUUCCCAUCAAACUUUCCCCAGAUUUGUACUUUCUGAAGCCUGGAGAAAAAUACAACAAGUACAAAACAAGUCUCCUCCUUCAGAACUCCACAGGAUCAAAUAUUGAUGAUCUCAUCAGUGCUCUCAGAAGCCAGAAGAUAUUGACUGAGAUGUUCAAUGACAGCGAUUACGUGUCGGCUGCGCCCCACAGUGCAGCUUUAAAUGUGUCGCUUUCAGAACAGAGCUCCAUUUUUACAGCUGUAUUCAACAGCACUAUGGUGCACUCUCUGCCUGUUUUGAUGAACAUCAUUAGCAACCUGUUUCUCCGCAACUUAAAUGUGACUGAGAAUAUUCAAAUCUGGAGUAACCCAUUCAUUCAAGAGACUGAUGACACAGUUUUCAGACUGGAGGCUUUUUUUCAAGCGAUGUUACUAGGAAUCAUUGUAACGGGGGUGCCACCAUAUUUUGCCAUGGAAAAUGCAGAAAACCAUAAGAUCAAAGCCUACACUCAGCUUAAGAUCUCCGGUCUUUAUCCAUCUGCUUACUGGAGUGGACAAGCCAUCAUUGACUUUCCUUUAUUUUUCAUUAUUCUUGUUCUGAUGAUAGGAAGCUUAUUUGCAUUUCAUCAUAGUGUUUAUUUCGAUACUUGGAAGUUCCUUGCUGUUAUCUUUUGCCUUAUUGGCUAUGUACCAUCAGUAGUGCUGUUCACUUAUGUGCUCUCUUUCACCUUUAAAAAAGUGCAAAAUACCAAAGAAUUUUGGUCGUUUAUUUUUUCAAUGACUGCUUUGAUCUCUACUGCUGUCACUGAAGUAGCAUUCUUUCUGAGAUAUUUCAUGGUAACCACCAUUUUUCAUUAUGUCUUCUGUGCCUUCAUUCCCAUCUAUCCUCUUAUUGGAUGCCUGAUUACUUUUAUAAAGGUAUCAUGGAAACACCUACAAAAGAAUGAAAAAUACCAUGACCCCUGGGACAAACUCUUGGUAGCAGUUAUCGCGCCUUAUUUGCAGUGUGUAGUGUGGCUGUUCCUCCUGCGAUAUCUUGAAGUGAAAAAUGGAGGUAAAUCGAUAAGAGAGGACCCAUUUUUCAGAACUACUACAAAGAUCAAAACAUGGAAAUUUCAAGAUGAUCCACAUAAUGAGAAUGAGGAUGAAGACGUAAAGGCAGAGAGGUUGUGGGUUAAAGAAAAGACAAGCUGCCAGAGCUCUGACGAGAAACCAGCAAUUCUGGUCAGCAGUCUGCAUAAAGAAUAUGAUGAAAGGAAGGAUUUUCUUCUUGGGAGAAAAAUAAAGAAAGUGGCAACUAAACACGUCUCUUUUUGCGUAAAAAAAGGAGAAAUACUUGGAUUGCUAGGACCAAAUGGAGCUGGAAAAAGCACACUGAUUAACAUGCUGGUGGGAGACGUUGAACCAACUGCUGGCCAGGUGCUGAUGGGAGACUAUUCUUUAGGAUUGAAUAGUGAGGAUCAUUCUGCUAAAUUUGUGGGAUAUUGUCCUCAAGUAAAUCCACUUUGGCCAGAUAUUACGUUGCAGGAGCAUUUUGAAAUAUAUGGAUCUGUCAAAGGAAUGAGUAAAACUGAUGUGGAAGAAGUUGUAAAACGCAUUGCAAGUGCCCUUGAGUUGAAAAACCAUCUACAGAAAACAACAAAGAAAUUAGUGGUUGGAAUUAAACGCAAGUUAUGUUUUGCGCUAAGUAUGCUGGGUAAUCCCCAGAUUACGUUGCUAGAUGAACCAUCUACUGGUAUGGAUCCUAAAGCCAAACAGCACAUGUGGAGGGCAAUUCGAGCAGCAUUUAAAAGCAAACAGAGAGCAGCUAUUCUGACCACUCAUUAUAUGGAAGAGGCUGAAGCUGUGUGUGAUAGAGUUGCAAUCCUGGUGUCUGGACAGUUAAGGUGUAUUGGUUCAGUUCAGCAUCUAAAGAGCAAAUUUGGCAGAGGCUAUUUCUUGGAAAUUAAAUUAAAAGAAACAGCAGGCGUACAACAGGUGGCGUUUCUUCACAGGCAGAUUUUGCACAUCUUCCCAAAUGCAAAUCAUCAGGAAAGUUUUGCCUCCAUUUUGGCAUAUAAAAUUCCUAAGGAAGAUGUACAGUCACUCUCUCAGUCUUUUUCUAAACUGGAAGAAGCCAAACAUGCCUUUAAUAUCGAGGAGUACAGCUUUUCUCAAGCAACCCUGGAACAGGUUUUUGUGGAGCUUGCUAAAGAACAAGAAGAGGAAGAUAACAGUUUUGGAACCUUAAACAGCACACUUUGGUGGGAAAGAACACAGGAAGACAGAGUCAUUUUUUGAGCUCUUUAAAUACUGUCAGAUUCAAUAGAUGUACACUACAGUUCACUUUUGUCUUUUUUUGUUUCUUGUAAUGUGUGCUGAGUGCUAAGAAAGCAGUUGAGAUUGAGAAAAAUAUCUGAUUUGAAAAACAAAAAUAAUAAUUGUAAACUUCGAGCAUAUUUCCCCUGCCUGGACUUAUCCAUCAAUGUUAUGCAACUGUGGGAGUGCCUUUAUUUGUGAGGACUCUUAUUGCUUGCAUAUAAUUGGUCUGUUUUUUAAAAUUUCUGAUCCACUCGCCUUACUCUGUCCUAUUUUGAAGCGAUAAUGGUAAAUGACAAUUUAGUCCUUUAUAAUUUCCUGUUUGUUUUGGUCAAUCUGUGGUCUAUGCUUCUAGAAACUCCAACCUUGAGCUUGUUCAGCUAUUCAGUGUGUGAUAUCAGUAUAUAAUUGCUCAACUCCAGGAUCAAACUUCUGCCUUGCUUAUCUUUCAAGAGGGAGCUUCCAGCAAAGGCAGGGGUCCACAGAACCAGGGCAGCACCACUAGAAAAGAGUCACAAAAAUAGAAGUCAGCACAGAAGAUUUAGCAAUGCCAGAAGUCAGUGACUUGUCUGAGUUGGAGUAAGCAUGUAGAUAUAAGGUGGAUGUUUAAAGAAGUCAAUUUUGAGCUUUAACUGCCCGAUAGUGUUCUGGUAAGCUUUAUCGUCACUUCCUCUACAUAAAAUUCCAUGUAGACUAGAUUGCUAUACAGACAACUCACUUAACUGCCUGAUUCCAGGGUUCAUCAUGGAAUAUGAUGCUGGUUAGUUCAGCCUAAAUUGUUUAUAUGAUACCAAAUACCGAUACCUAAAAUUCAGUUAACUUAUAUGCUGACUUUAAAUUCCCAUUGGAUCCUGCUGAUCAAAAUCCUGAUGCUCCUGUUUGGUAUGGUAUAUCUCAGGUCAACUCUCCUUAUCCAAAAUAAUCAGUAUGAUACCACAGUGCCUCCAUAACGGAUCCUGCUCCGUCACCUCAAUUCUUGAGUUUAUUUGCUGUAUCUCAGUUUUAAACUCCUCCUCUUUGUGCCAUAUAUGGACUUUAGUAUCCAGAUGACCAUACUCGUUAGUCUCUUCUCAUCAUAAUGUUCCUCCAGUCCUAUGCUGCUUCAGAAUGUGUAACCUGUGUGUGUGUUUUAACUAAUCUCUGCUUUUUCCCUUGUUCUCUGCCCUCUUCUGGGCUAGCACCUCCCCGGCUGAUCAGUAGGCACAUGAUCUAUAGCAUACUGAUGAGGGACACAGCUGGGCACAGUAUGAGCACAGUAUGUAUGGACACAGAAUGAGCAGGGACACAGCUGUCACUUCACAAACUUGCUUGGAAGAGGCCAGAGGCCCUUUUUGCUUUUUUAAAAGAGGGGGGAAAGGAAAUUCAACAUUCAUCGCUAAAUAGGGCCCUAAAUUAUAUAAUAAACUCAGCUUGGGAUCCACUCAACAUAAAAAUAUUUACACAUGAGUAUAACAUGGCACGUGGUUAACCAUUAUGAACCUUUUUAAUGCAAAUUGGCAGGUGUAACUCUAAUCAGGUUACCUUUGUAGGUUGCGUAAAAAUGUAUAAUGCAUGCACUUGUACGUUUAAAUGGGGUUUGCAAAGCUGGAUAGGUUCCUUUGAGUCUAUGUUUGUAAAAGCGUGACCACCAAAUGAAUAUAUCUUUAUGGAAUUUGCAUAAAUGUGAGCAUUUCUAGUUCUAUUCUUUGUUAAAACAAUCUGUUUUGUUGAACACGUGUUCUAACACACGUUUAAAAGGCAUUUCUUUAGGUGUGUUCAUUUUUCGUGACCGUGAAUUUACAGGCUUGUGCACCAAUGCUUUCUAAUCUAUCUUUGUUGCAAUAGUAAUGAGGCAAUACAAUACCAUGUCCAGUUCACUGAGAGUGCUUUCUUAUUUCUAUCAUGCUCAUUUUCUCUCAUCAUAAAUCAAAAAGGGUAAACUCCAAAAGCAGAUAUUGUCUUGUCACUAAGAAAACUUUUGUUUGUUAUCUGGCAAAAUUGUUCUCUGUCGAAGAAAUAAUAAGAGAGCCCAUGUGUGGUUCAGCAUCCUCAGAUCUGAGAGUAAGUAUUAAUCCUGCGUGUGUUCCAAAGAAAAAAUCUUUGAUUUAAAAAUUGAAAGAAUCAAUUCAUCUAAUUGGCUAUUUAAUCUGAGCUUUUUAGAAUCAAAAUUUCAGGUUUUUGAACAAUUGAUUGCAUUGUAGAAUGUAUUAAUUGAAAUGCACUGUGCAAAUAUUCGGUAUAUCUGAAGACACAUGACACAUAAGACAUAUCAGUUACAUAUGUUUACCUUAAGAUUAGAAAAUUCCUAUCAUCUUCCUUUCUAAAAUGUUCAGAACUCAGAAAACUAUGCUCUAAGGCAAACAUUUGUGUAUCAUUGGGCAAUAAUUAAUGUAAAAUUGAUUGCUUAAUUCUGCCUGUGUAAAUGCUUAUGCCUUAUAUCUUGCCAACAUACUAUUAUUUUUUUGCUUUUUAUCAUCUUCAAGGAAACCUGUUCUAUAGACGAACUUUACUUUUCGAUAAGCAUUGGGUAGUGUUUGCAGUCUUAUUUGGUUAAUAUGAGAAAUCUGAUGUAGCAUUGUUUCACUUUUUUCGCAUUCAAAUACAUUUUGAAAGAUAAUAAAUCUAGUUAACUCUCACACAGUGGCACAUUCAAUACGUAUCCGUGGCCAGCAGCAGACAUAAUAGCUUCAGAAAAACACAACUGGCCAAAAGGAUUGAAAACUUAAAUAUAAUAUUGAACCUUUUCUUUCUCCAAAAGAUCAUAGAUAAUAGACUUAGGGAAAUCCUCCAUCCUCCUGCCUUUGGGCAGGUACGACAUUUGUCUUAUUCCCAGAACCAAAUUUUUUCCAGACUGUACAGGUUAAAUUCCCUAAUCCUUCUCUACAAAUUUAUACAUGCUAAUCUUGACCUUCCUGCUCCCUAGAGUUUUACAAUAUUAAACAGGGGGGAGGGAUAGCUCAGUGGUUUGAGCAUUGGCCUGCUAAACCGAGGGUUGUGAGUUCAAUCCUUGAGGGGGCCAUUUAGGGAUCAGAGGCAAAAAUUGGGGAUUGGUCCUGCUUUUGAGCAGGUGGUUGGACUAGGUGACCUCCUGAGGUCCCUUUCAACCCUGAUAUUCUAUGAUUCUAUGAAUAUUAUUCUUCAGGAUGAAGUGCCCCAAAUUGUAGAGUGCUCCAUCUGGCCUCAUUUUGCCCAGUCUCUAAACUCGUGUCAAUUAGGUCACUUCUGCCUUUCAGUGUGUUCAGAAUUACUCCAACAUGGUGUCAUCUAUAUUAUUAAUGUACAGUUUGCUCUUUCUUCUGAUGUAUGGCAAUACUGUGUUUGCCAGGUUAGGACCCUUUGUUAUACCUGAUGCCUCUUUCCAAUUUGAUUCUCUUCUCUUUCAUCUAUAAUUCCUCUGUUGAUCUAUAGCCAUUCAAAGAGUUUUGUAUUCUAUCAUAAUAGCCAAGUAACAUUGUUCUGACUUUUCUAAUAGGGUUUGAUUUUCUAAUAGGUUUGUCACUAACUUUUUCAUGAUCCAUAUCAAAGGCUUUAUUAGAAUCUAGGAGAAAUGUGCCUAGAAUUGUUCUCAACUACACUGCAGUAACCCCAUUGAUGGUUACUCUGAAUUUACAGAUAUAAGUGAGAGCAGAAUUUGCCCCAUUAAGUCCACUAGAUAUGUGGUGCCUAAUAGAUCUCAAAAACAGAGGAAAUUAUAUGGAAGAUCAAAUAUAUUGAAAUACAGUGAAAGACAAUUGAUAUCAGCUUAAAACUUUAGAACUAAAAUGUUACAUUUGUGCUCAGUGGCUUUUGUUGGUAUUUUAGUACUAUAAAUAAUAAACUGAACUCAAACUGUACAUAAUAGAGAGGUAAUACAAACCUCAGAUGACAGUAUAACAAGGAAGCCAGGUAGUUGUGGAUUCUUGCUCCAGGUCUGACCCUGAUGAUGCUGGGUGACCUUGGACAAGUAACUUAGUUCCCCUGUCUAUAAAACGGAUAUAGUAAUACUUAUCUACCUCACAGGGAUGUUGUGAGGAUCAAUUAGUUAAAGUGUCUACAAAACUUUGAAGAUAAAAUUGCUUUAGUAGUAUUAUAAGGAUGUAUUUUUGUAUUGGUGUUCUAAUAACUCAGAUUUUGCUCACAUUAUCAUGAGAAAUCCUUAUUUAAAAUAUACUGUACAGUUGCAUGUAGUUUAUCUAUAUGAUAUGUGCUAUAUUCUUUCAUAACAGGAUAAUUUUUAUUUAAACAUUGUUAGCAUUCUUUUAAUGUAUAUUGUGAUAUUAGUCAUAUGCUUUCUUGGGCAUUUAUGUUGUUUAAUUUUGUACAUGUUUAUUUUUCUUUUAUCAUUUUGAUGUAUUUGUAAAACAAUUAGCAAUUAUUUUUCCCAAUAGAAAGUGCUGUUGAAAUAAAGAUGGCUGGAUUGCUAAUG